CAAAUAAAAAUAAUUUGACCCUUUUACCCACUCCCCAUUGGUUUAAUCCACCCAUAUCCCCCUCAUCCCACCUUAAAAUUACCUCCAAAUUUGUCCAAAACCAGGGGUAGUCACAUAAACAUACAAACAAAAAGACACAUCAGCCACCCAUCACCAACGCCAACAUUUUCCUCCCUUUCCAAAACUGCCUUCUGAUUUCAUCAACUCCUUUCUUCUCUCCCAAAGUUUCAUAUAUAAUCUCAAGGAUUACAAGAAGCCAAACCCAUUUCAUGUUUACAACCAAAAACCAUUUUCAACCAUCUUUUCCUCUCUUAGAGCUUCUGUGAAUUCCUGAGCAGAGAGAGAGAAAAAAAAAAUGGCAAUUUGCACCUCCCUGUAUUCAACAUGUUCAAUCUCCACACCAUCAAAGACCCACCUGGGAUUUCACCAAAAACAGGUAGUUUUCUACAGCAGUGGCGUCAAGAAAACCAGCAAGAAAGGCGGCGGCGGUGGCUGCGGCAGCAGUCGCCCGUACGUGAUAACAUGCACAGCAAGUGACUCACAGACGGUUGUGAUUGGGCUGGCGGCAGACUCGGGGUGUGGGAAGAGUACCUUCAUGAGGAGGCUGACGAGCGUGUUCGGAGGAGCGGCGGAGCCACCAAGGGGUGGGAACCCGGACUCGAACACCCUGAUAAGCGACACCACGACGGUGAUAUGCUUGGAUGACUAUCACUCGCUGGAUAGAACAGGAAGGAAGGAGAAGGGAGUGACAGCACUUGACCCAAGAGCCAACAACUUUGAUCUCAUGUAUGAGCAGGUUAAGGCUAUCAAGGAAGGGAUUCCUGUUGAGAAGCCCAUUUACAACCAUGUCUCUGGUCUUUUGGAUCCUCCUGAGCUCAUCAAGCCUCCCAAGAUCCUUGUCAUUGAAGGUUUGCACCCAAUGUAUGAUUCACGAGUAAGGGACCUCUUGGACUUCAGCAUCUACUUGGACAUCAGCAAUGAGGUUAAAUUUGCUUGGAAAAUUCAGAGGGACAUGGCAGAGCGAGGACAUAGCCUUGAAAGCAUCAAAGCUAGUAUCGAAGCCAGAAAGCCUGAUUUUGACGCGUAUAUUGAUCCACAAAAGCAAUAUGCAGAUGCAGUGAUUGAAGUGUUGCCAACGCAACUCAUUCCUGGUGAUAAUGAGGGGAAGGUUUUGAGAGUUAGGUUGAUAAUGAAAGAAGGGGUGGAGCUUUUCAGCCCUGUUUAUCUCUUUGAUGAAGGCUCUACUAUCUCAUGGAUUCCAUGCGGUAGAAAGCUUACUUGUUCAUACCCUGGCAUCAAAUUUUUCUAUGGCCCUGAUGCUUAUUUUGGCCACGAGGUGUCUGUGCUGGAAAUGGAUGGCCAAUUUGACAGAUUAGAUGAGCUGAUCUACGUUGAAAGCCAUCUAAGCAACAUCUCUACCAAGUUCUAUGGAGAAGUCACCCAACAAAUGUUGAAGCAUUCCGAUUUCCCCGGCAGUAACAACGGAACCGGUCUCUUCCAAACCAUAGUCGGGUUGAAGAUUCGAGACUUGUACGAGCAGAUAGUCGACAGCAGGGCGAAAACUCCGGUAGAAGCAGCAAAGGCCUAAAAACUGCCUUUGUGUAUCGGACAAGGCACCACCAACCAAGCCUCUAAAAUCAUCUUUUCCACUUUCUGUUUCUUCAUUUUUCAACUCCCCUUCUAGCCAUGUUUCAGUUGAGUGUUAGCCUAUUGUUGUUGAUAGGAAACAGAACACUCUGUACCUACUUAUUGUAAUGCUGUGGAGCCAUGUAAUAUAUAGAGAAGUAAAAGCAGAGAUGAAAUUCACUUAAGAAGUUCAUAAAAAGAUUUGUACUUUUUUGUUUUGUUCAAAGAAACUUAAAUUUAAUUAUUUAAUUAAUAUUUUUA